AUGGCUGCUGCAGAGCCUGGGAGAAAACUGUACAGAGUGGUUGUUGUGAGCUUUGGACUCCUGUGUAUCUUACAAGCUGCUCUCAUCAUUUUCCUGUGUCUUGCUCUCUAUAACAAGAUACUGGACCUUGAGGCCAGCUUUAAAACCCUCACUGAGGAGAGAGAUGAGCUGAGGAAGAAGCUGAUUGACUUUGACCAAUCUUACAGUACCAGCUACAAACGCCUGACCGAAGAAAGAGACACGUUGAAGAAGAACCUGAGUGACUGUGAUAAGAAGACACUGGACCUUGAGGCCAGCUUUAAAACCCUCACUGAGGAGAGAGAUGAGCUGAAGAAGAAGCUGACUGACUUUGACGGUUUUGACAGUACCAGCUACAAAGGCCUGACUGAAGAAAGAGACACGUUGAAGAGGAACUUGAGUGACUGUGAUAACAAGACACUGGACUUUGAGGCCAGCUUUAAAACCCUCACUGAGGAGAGAGAUGAGCUGAAGAAGAAGCUGACUGACUUUGUUCACUACUCCCAACAAGGAUGGAAGUAUUUCAACGGUAGUUUCUAUUAUAUUUCUUCGAACAUGAAAACCUGGCAUGAGAGUAGAACUGACUGUCUGCAAAGAGGGGCGGACCUAGUGGUUGUCAACAGCAGAGACGAACAGGAAUUCAUAAAUCAAUACCGAAUGAGGAUAUGGAUUGGACUGGCUGACAGCGAGGGAGAGGGGACGUGGAAAUGGGUGGAUGGGACUCCGGUAACAACAAGCUUCUGGAUCUCUGAGGAGCCUAACGAUUAUGAAGGACGAAAUGAAGACUGUGUAGAAACAAGGUUCUUCAAUGAGGAAAAUGGCUGGAAUGAUGUAAUAUGUGGAGAGAAAAAGCUAUGGAUCUGUGAAAAGAAAAUGUUUCUCUAACUCAGCUUACACACCACCAUGGCAUCUACUACUAUAUAUAACUACUGUAUGUUUAAGACAUGAAGAUAAGAUGCAUUUACCACUUUCAGCUAAAGACAGCACUGAAACAUGAUCAUUGCUAAGCUGCAGGCAAAGUGGCAUCAGACACAAAUAUCUAACUUGGUUUAGAAAAUGAUAGACUGUAAUGUGUCCAUACUUUGAUUAAUUUCUAAUACAUGUUAUCGCUAAAUAAAAGUGUUUUGUUGUCAUCAUAAGAAUGGGACAGACAGCACAGAGUCUCACCAGGUUAAACUUCAUUCUGUCACCUCCCACACUGCAUUAUAUCUUAAAGGAUAGGUCCACAAUUUUUAAAAUCUCUUUUCUUUUUUUCAAUUUUGAUAAAGAGAAGAAAGAAAAUGUGUACAUGCGAAACAUAUGUGCUUAGUCUCACAUAUAUAAACUUUUGAAGAAUUGAACCAGUUUAUUAUCGAACAAACUGGAAGGCCUGAAAGUAUAAUUAAUAUAAUAAUAAUAAUAUAAUUCUUGACCUUUUCUCUUUCCAUAAAUAUAGUGAGAUUAUGCAAUGAAGUUUCUCCAACAGGAGGCGGAUAAAAAAGCAUUGAACUAAAGAAAUUUAUCCUGAGAAGAAGUUCAAUUUUAUAAUCGAUUUUUUACCAGAAAAAAAUAUUGAUAAAUUUCUCCAUCUCAAUCAAUCUGACUCUAUAGAUUAAAAAAGAGAAUUAAAAAUAAUUAUUUCAGAUGGGAAACCAACCACCAAUUUUUCAAGCCUAUCUUAAAACAGUAGUCAGGUGUGUGUGUGUGUGGCUACGUUGAAACAGUUUUAACUUGCCGUCAUCGUUCCUCCUGUCUGUAACGGCCCCAAGGAGAUCUCUUCCUAACGUGAUUUCAAUGUAAGAAAAUAGUGGACAAAAUCCACAAAAUCCUGUGUAAUCUGCAGCAAGUGAGUAUCUUCCAAAGUUACAAUCUUUUAGUACGACAUUCUUUCUUUGUGUUACUGUCCCUAAACUGCAGAUUAGCAAAGGAUCAGUGGCUCAUAUUAACUUCAGCUGAAUUUAAGAAUGAAUUUUUACAAAGUACGAGGACGUGUGGAUUUUGUCUCCCAUUGCUUACAUUGGAAAUGUGUCAAGAAGGGAUCUUUUCACAGUCAGUGUGGACAGGAGGAGACUUGUUUCCAUUGUGGUCCCUGAUGUAAAGACAGUAGUGAUGCAGGAGUCCAGGUGCCAUAAAAUCCAGGAACCACGAUCAUGGCUAAAAGUGUAUUAGGUCCACCUAGAGCUGAAACUUAUACAGUAAUACAGCAGCCCAGCAACAAAUCCACCCUUCAUGAAGGUUAUAAUGUUUAGUUUGUGUUGAAGCUGUUUUUGAGAGGUGUUGACUCAACAUCAUGGUCAUUUUGUAGGUUGUGUCCCUGUUGAAUUGUAUUACAUUAUUGUGAAAAGUGUUUGUAAUAUUUAGUCUACCAUCGUUGAUACAAAUGUAGAGGACAAUGUGACUUUAACUUCUUUGCACUGGUUGUCGUUUUCUUUCAAAAUCCUUUUAAAAAUAAAAAUAAAAUCUUACUAAUUAUGUACAAGGUUGAUUCAGUUUUUAACACUGUCGCCUUUCGUUGUGGACUUUGUACAUUCUCAGUGUGUCUGUGUGGGUUUCUUUGGGUCUCUGGUAUCUUCCCACAGUCCAGACUCCAGGUUAAGCUCAAAGGGUGACUGAAUUUUUGCUGGUGCUUGCUAUCUUAUAAUCUACCUUCUAUUGCUUUUAUCUAUUUUUAAUCUGUUGAUACAGAUCCAGUUUUAUUUCUAUGUGUCUAAACAUUGUUGUGUUCACUCCU